UCGACUUCUUCCAACCAGAAUUACCAAGAAAAAAUCAGUCCAACAUGAAGCUCCACUGGCUAUUGUUUGCCGUUGUCCUGAUUUGUGCCCUGCACGGUAUAUCAAGCACCACCUCCGAGUCCACAUCCUCCACAUCCACGGAGUCAUCCACGGACGCCAGCGACUCCACCAGCACCAGCACCGCUGCCUCCUCCUCAUCCUCCUCUUCGGACACCACUGAGGCUAGCAGCAGCAGCAGCGACACUGCCACCUCCGCCAGCUCCUCCAGUUCCUCGUCCAGCUCCUCCAAGAAGAAGAAGUCCGCCGCCGCCAAGAAGCGUGCGGCCAAGAGGCGUGCCGCCGCUCGCAAGAGGCGUCAAGCCAAGAGGCGUGCUGCCGCCAAGAAGCGGGCGGCCAAGCGGCGUGCCAACAGGGGUUAA